AUUUUUUUUCCCUCAUUACAUUAUUUAACAAAAAAAAAAAGACAUGUUAAAAUUUAACUUAGAUCCCUUUCCUAAAUUUACUCGACUUAUAGCCAACUCAGUAACCAAUGCACGUAUUCUUAUAUUUGCUGUUGUGAUUGCCAAGAUUACUUUAGAUCGACUUUAUAAGUAUUCAGUGAUUAUCAAUCCUUUGGCUUAUGAUGCAGAUGGUGAGCCAACCUUGGAUAUUCUCGAAUAUCAAAGUCCUUCAACUGCUAAUGAAGUUUAUUAUGCUUUAAAGAGUUAUGGUGCAAAAGGUAGACAAGCUUAUUUGACUUAUUUAUUCUAUGAUGUUAUCUUUGCUAUCACUCGUACAGUCCCCAUCACUGCUCUCUGUACUUGGGCCUUUAAGGAUGCUCCACGAGCCAUUCGUCCUGGUGUAUGGCUUCCUAUACUUAACUUGGUGAUUGACCUUAUUGAAUCCUUUUCUAUCUUUGGUCUUCUCAAGACUUUCCCUCAUCGUAACAGUGCCUUUGAAUUAUUCACGGCUUUCAUCAUUCAUUUCAAAAAGCUUACAUUCAAGGCUACCUUGGCACUUGCCUUUAUCUCCAUGUUGGUAGGUAUUUAUUAUAAAUUUCAUAGUUUAUUGUCAGAUAGUGUUGUAUUGGAAAAAGAUCGAAAGCAGAAGCAAGCAGCUAGAGAUCAAGUUCAGGAUGUUAUCAGAGAAUCUGCUGCUCGUCGUGCUGCUACUUCCGCUGCCUUGGGUCAUACUGUACCAACAAUAGAUAAUAAUACUAAGAAAGAUUCUUAAUCGUCAAAGAGAGUAUUUAAUCAGAACACUUACUUGGGUGGUUGUAAAUACGUCAUUAUGUCAAAUAUAUAAUCAUUAAAUAAAAUUAACCUUAUAAUAAUCAUAA